GGAGGGGGAGAAAAGGAGGAGGAGGCUGAGGGCAGAGGAAGGCUCACAGCCCCGGGGGGGUGGGACCGGGGCAGGUGCCAAGGGGAAGGCAGGAAGGGGCGGGCAGGGCGCUGCCCCAUUGCUCGCCAUUGGGAGGCAGCGUAGGAAUCGCAGAGAGCUCCGGGCAUCCCGCACUGUGAGCCCCGUGGUGCGAUCAGUUCUCGGCUGUGGGUUAAAGCUACGAUACGUGGCUGUAGAAGACGGAAAACUCCCGUCGGGAGUGGGCGGUUCGCAGACCCCAGCAGACGGAGUUGGGCUGAAGUCCGUGACAAAGAAACGUCGGAGGUUCUUCGGAGUCGGGCUGCAUCUCGGAGCAGAGCCUCUAAGAAUCAUUUAGUCGGACUUGGGGCUGAAGUCGGCAGCCAGAGCCCCAGUGGACGUUUCUCAGUGCCGGGUUGAAGUUCGGCGACGAAACCCCAACGGAGAUUUUCCUGGAGCUGAGUAGAAGCAAAACCCCGUCGGAGUGCUGCUGGAAUUUGGCUGAAGUCGGCGACGAAGCCCCAUCAGAGGUGUCCGGAAUUGGACUGAAACAAAACCUCAUCGGAGUUUCCCCUCAAUUGAGCUGAAUCCUGGAGCCGGAGUCCCCAGGAACGGAGGUUUCCCUCGGAGUUGGGGUUAAAGCAAAACCCCGUUAGAGGCUUCUCAGAGUUUGAACUGAAGUUAACAACAAAACUCCCGUCAGAUAAUCCCCGGAGCUGGGCUGAAGUCGGUGACAAAAAGAACCGCUGGAGAUACACGGGGUUGAGUUGAAGCAAAACCCCAUCGGAAAUUCCCAGGAACCGGGGCUGAAGCUGUUGGCAAAACCCCAUUGCGAGUUCACUGGAUUUUGGCUGCAUCCCGGAGCCGGGUCCCCGAUCGUUGUCCUAUCAGCAGUGCAGUGAAGCCCCAUCGGAGCUUGAAAGGACAGGGGGAAAAAGAAAGCUUUUCACCUCGGACAGCCCGACUUCACCCCCAGAUUGCGGAACCUCAGCGGAGGUUCCCUGCUCUCAGCCCCGCUCCAAGCGGCGGGGGGACUUUUUCCCCCCUCCAUGGACUGAGAUGGCCUCGGAGUUGGCCAUGACCGCGGAGCUGCCCACCAGCCCCCUGGCCAUGGAAUACGUCAACGACUUCGACCUGAUGAAGUUUGAAGUGAAGAAGGAGCCGGCGGAGGCCGAGAGGUUGUGCCACCGCCUGCCUGCUGGUUCUCUUUCUUCCACCCCUCUCAGCACCCCGUGCUCCUCCGUGCCUUCCUCGCCCAGUUUCUGCGCUCCCAGCCCCGGUGGGCAACCGAGUGCUGGUCCCACAGCCGCUCCCCUGGGCUCCAAACCUCAGCUGGAGGAGCUGUAUUGGAUGUCGGGCUACCAACAUCACCUCAAUCCCGAAGCUCUCAAUUUGACCCCGGAGGAUGCUGUGGAAGCAUUGAUCGGCGCUCCUCACCACCAUCAUCAUCACCAUCAGAGCUAUGAGUCUUUCCGGCCUCAGCCCUUUGGGGGCGAGGAGCUGCCCCCGGCCGCCCACCACCACAACGCUCAUCAUCACCAUCAUCACCAUCACCUGCGUUUGGAGGAGAGGUUUUCCGACGAUCAGUUGGUGAGUAUGUCGGUUCGGGAGCUCAACCGGCAGCUGCGGGGCUUCAGCAAGGAAGAGGUGAUCCGCCUCAAGCAGAAGAGGAGGACCUUGAAGAACAGGGGCUACGCUCAAUCCUGUCGCUACAAGCGGGUCCAGCAGAGGCACAUCCUGGAAAACGAGAAGUGUCAGCUCCAGAGCCAAGUGGAGCAACUCAAGCAAGAAGUUUCCCGUUUAGCCAAGGAGCGGGAUCUGUACAAAGAGAAGUACGAGAAGUUGGCAGCGAGGGGCUUCCCAAGGGAGACAUCCCCUCCCGCAGCCCCCAAAACUACCGCCGCUGACUUCUUCAUGUGAGACCGGGCUGGGGUGAGGAGGGGAGGGGGGGGAGAGUGGGGGUUACAUUACAUUGCCCCUUCCCCCACUUCCCCUUCCUCCUUCCCCCCACCCCCGAUGUGGGGAGAGCAAACAAUCUGCUUGUAUAAAUAUAUAUAUAUAUUAUUUUCUUCUGAAAAGUUGUUCCGAAAACCCGGGGGAAAAUGGGACCCCCCCGCCCCCCUCACCCCCCAAACCCCAUCAGGACUUAGACUGGAAAGGGAAAGGGGGGGUACUGGGGUGAGGGGACGCAUCUUAUAGACCCCCCCCCCCGUGUGGGGAGAGGGGGACGCAUCCUGUUGUAGACUCCUGUGCAUCCCCCUUAUCCAGGAUGAGCAAACAAUCUGCUUGUAUGGAAAAAUAUUUUCUUCUGGGGGGGAAAAAAAGCAUGGGGAAAUGAGACCCCCCCCCCUCCCCAACCCCAUCAGGACUCG